AGUGCGCGUGUGAGGACGGGGCCGUCUCACGCUGCUCACAGGUGAGCCGUGUGGACCCGCAGCUCUCACAGCUCCUGUGUGCGGCACUGGUACGCGGUAGAUCUGGGCAAGACCCCGGGGCCAUGAACGGAUGGUCCGAUUCCUGCCACGUUCUGGAAUGUGGUCGAGGAACACGCUGAUUUCUCAGCCUUCUGGAAGGGAUGCCUUGAAUUAUUCAGCCUGCGGUGCAGAUCUCUGGAGAACACAGCCUUGCGGCUACUUUAAUCACUGGAAAGGUUCGGAGUCAGUUAUAAUCAAGCCAGAGUCAAUGUGGAAAUGCUCGUCUCUGAAAAGGAAGCCCAAGGAGAUAAAAUCGGAAUGGAGAGACAGAGGAGGAAUCUUUGAGUAUGCAGAUGGCCCCAAUGCCCAGGUCAUGAAUGCCGAGGAACAUGCCUUUCGAUUUUCUGCCAACAUCAUCAACAGGAACAGGACCCUGUUGCCCAACACAACCUUGACUUAUGACAUCCAGAGGAUUCACUUCCAUGACAGCUUUGAGGCAACCAAGAAGGCCUGUGACCAGCUGGCGCUGGGUGUGGUGGCGAUCUUUGGGCCGUCACAGGGCUCUUGCACCAACGCCGUCCAGUCCAUCUGCAACGCCCUGGAGGUGCCUCACAUCCAGCUGCGCUGGAAGCAUCACCCACUGGACAACAAGGACACCUUCUACGUGAACCUCUAUCCCGACUAUGCCUCACUCAGCCACGCCAUCCUGGACCUGGUCCAGCACCUCAAGUGGCGGUCGGCCACCGUGGUCUAUGACGACAGUACAGGGCUCAUCCGGCUGCAGGAGCUCAUCAUGGCCCCGUCAAGAUACAACAUCCGCCUGAAGAUCCGCCAGCUCCCCAUCGACUCCGACGACUCUCGCCCCCUGCUCAAGGAGAUGAAACGUGGCCGGGAGUUCCGCAUCAUCUUCGACUGCAGCCACACCAUGGCAGCCCAGAUCCUCAAGCAGGCUAUGGCCAUGGGCAUGAUGACCGAGUACUACCACUUCAUCUUCACCACUCUGGAUCUCUACGCGCUAGACCUGGAGCCCUACCGCUACUCAGGGGUGAACCUGACGGGGUUCCGCAUCCUCAACGUGGACAACCCCCACGUCUCGGCCAUCGUGGAGAAGUGGUCCAUGGAGCGGUUGCAGGCGGCUCCCCGGGCAGAGUCCGGGCUGUUGGACGGAGUGAUGAUGACCGACGCCGCCUUACUGUACGACGCUGUACACAUCGUAUCCGUGUGCUACCAGCGGGCUCCCCAGAUGACGGUGAACUCCCUGCAGUGCCACCGGCACAAGGCCUGGCGUUUUGGUGGCCGCUUCAUGAACUUCAUCAAAGAGGCUCAGUGGGAAGGAUUAACUGGACGGAUUGUUUUCAACAAAACCAGUGGCUUGCGGACAGAUUUUGAUCUGGACAUCGUCAGCCUGAAGGAGGAUGGCCUAGAGAAGGUGGGUGUGUGGAGUCCUGCUGAUGGGCUCAACAUUACGGAGGUUGCCAAGGGCCGAGGCCCUAACGUCACUGAUUCUCUGACAAACAGAUCUCUCAUUGUCACCACUGUGCUGGAUCCCUCCAGCUGUGACAGGUGCUGUGGCCAGAUCCAGAGAGCCUGGUGGGUGCCGUGCUCGGCAGUGUCCCAUCCCAAAAACUGGUACCACGACCCCACUGCCUGAAUGGACUUGCAUUCCAACCUCUCCCCAUGCCUUCCUCUCUCCUUCACUCUUUCUGCUCCUUCAGAAGGAGGAUUGA